AUGGUGGUGGAGGAAGACCUUUUACCCUCUUCCUCAUCAUCAACAGCAAAAUCAACCAACAACAAACCACCAAAGUACAUAGAAAAACAAGUAACAAAUUUUUGGGGAGUAAGGGAUAUUAAUUCUUUUGGGGAAUAUACUGUUGCUAAUGACUAUGAAACAUUAGCAUCUUUUGAAGAAAGAGAAGAGGAUACAUAUGCCUUUGGAGAAGAAACUGAUAUUUCUGAUCCUUUAGAAUUUAUAGCUGUAGAUUGUACUAUACAUCCUGCUGAUGAUCCAAUCACCAAAUGGAGCCUGUGUAGUAUUUUUGGUGAUAAUUUAGAAUCACCUAAUUUU